CCCCUACACUCUGCAUCAGAUAACCAGCUUGAAGAUCACAGAAAUCACUCUAACUAAUCCCUGAGCAAAGAAACAAAGAGAAAUCAUCAUGCCAACCAGUGUGUGUGGAACAUGGGACAUGAUCAGCAAUGUCAAUUUUGAUGGCUACAUGAAAGCACUUGGUAUCAGUGUUCAUUUGAGAAAAAUUGCCCUGAGGCUAAAGCUGAAGAAGGUCAUUGAGCAGCAGGGAGACCAGUACAUUGUUAAAACUGUCAGCACCUUCAGAAACUACACCAUAUCCUUCAAAAUUGGCCAUGAGUUUGAGGAGUUUACAAAGGGACUGGACAACAGACACAUCAAGUCCACAGUGACAUGGCAGGGAAAUAAGCUGACAUGUGAGCAGACUGGGGAGAAGAAGAAUAGAGGCUGGGCUCACUGGGUUGAAGGUGACAAGCUCCAUCUGGAGCUGUACUGUGACGGACAGAUCUGCAAGCAGGUGUUUAAGAAGAAUGUUAAUGAGUGAAGAGGGAAAAAAGAAGUGUUUUGGGAACAUUCACCCAGUGAUGGAGGGCAUCUGCUACUGCUGACCCUGAAGGACAAAACCACACCCUUCUAGACCCUGUGGUUUCUGGGAUGUGGUCCUGCGGCUGGGUGAACAUGCAGUACAACUUGUGCCAAUAGGGGGCAUCGCUACACUAUUUUUAAACCAUUGUAGAGCUGAAUUUCUGCUCAUCAGAUGAACACUGAAGCAUCAGAGAUGCGUCAAAGGUUGUUGUUUUUUCAGCUGGCUGAAAAAAAACAAAAAAACAACUUUCCUCUAUUUAAAACACUCCCCUAAGGCUCCUUCUGUUCAAAUUAAAAUCACUGUGCCAGUUUUGAAAUUCCAAGUGUGUAUAUUUAGAUAGCCUAUCCAAGGUACCGGUAUGUAAGAUACAUUUAUAGAAAAUAUGUUUGGGAUACGUUUUUAUAUGA